AUGACCACCUUCGUCCCUGCUCUGACGCUGCCCGCUGCCGUCUUUGAGCGGCCCGCCGCCGCCAUUCUGCUGCCCGUUGUCGCCGGCGCCGGCAUUGGCUAUCUCACGCGCCCUCAGACGGACAGCACAUAUAACAAACUGAGACGGCCGAAAGGUCGUCCUCCGGCCUGGGUCUUCGGUCCCGUCUGGACGCUGCUGUAUGCUGGCAUGGGCUAUGCCUCAUAUCGUGCCUGGACCGCUGGCCUGACGUCGGUUGAUCCCAUCAAGGCUGAUCUGGCCAAGCAAGGCGCAACUCUCUAUACCGUGCAGCUUGGCCUGAACCUGAUCUGGAUGCCUCUCUUCUUUGGCUUUGGCCGUCCUCUUGCCGCCACUGUCGACAUUGUUGCUUUGACCGGCACUGUCGGCUACCUCGCUUACACUUGGAGCGGGGUUGACGAGACGAGCGCCUGGAUCAUGGCUCCUUACCUUGCAUGGCUGAGCUUUGCCAGCUACCUGAGCGCUGGCUUCGGUUACCUCAACAACUGGUCCUUCAAGGACCUCGACAAGGCUGACAAGUCAGAGUAG